GUCUCUUACGUCAUCAAAAGGGGUCAGGAAAAUUCUCUAGACUGUCACACGUGAAAACAAGCUUCUACGAAAUAUGUGUGAUUUUGACUAUUCUUUUAAAUAAGUUUUGAGAGGAUCUGUCGCUUUUAAACAGACUCGUAUCGUUGGACGAGUGACAUCGUGUGUUUCCUUUCAUAGAGUCUGUGAGUUUGAAGCCGUCAUGUGUGAAGUUGAGGAGGAUUAUAAUGGUCUGGAGUGUAAACAGGAGAAGAGACCUGUGCCGACGCCGGACAGGAAGUGUAUGAAGUGUAAGGAGGGAACUGCCGUGCUCAUCAUUCGUGUCAGUGAUGCGUUUUGCCGGUCCUGCUUCAAGGAGUACUUCGUACACAAGUUUCGGGCCAUGCUGGGAAAGAAUCGAGUCAUAUUUCCACAGGAGAAGGUUCUUCUGGCUGUUUCUGGUGGCGCCGCCUCUUGCUCAAUGCUCUCACAAGUUAUAGAGGGCUUGAGUCGAGAUGCUCCCAAAAAGUUACGAUUUAUGCCUGGAAUCAUUUACAUCGACGACGGCGGCGCUUGUGGGCGGAGUCAAGAGGAGCGACAGCGAUCUGUAGAUCAACUGAAGAGCAUCUUCACACACACCGGCUUCCCGUACUUUAUAGUUCCUCUGGAGCAGGUGUUCGCUCUGCCCACCUCUGUACUGGUGCCGGUCACGUCUGAUCCCGACCCGUCCAAUCCCAGCUAUAAAGUCGCUGUGGACCAGUUCAUCCGAGAGGAGCAGAAGUGGACAGAAGAGGAUUCAGCCAGUGCUGUGGCUCGGCUCACUGUAGAGGACUCGGCUUACUCUCCUGAACACAAGCUGGCGCUGGAGAGCCUGUUCUCAUCACUGAACACACUGACGGCGAAAGAGGACAUGCUACACACACUCCGACUUCACCUGAUCCUGCACGUCGCCCGAGAGAACGGCUUCUCGAAGGUCAUGAUGGGGGAAAGCUGCUCUCGGCUGGCUGUGAAACUGCUGAGUAACAUCGCUCUGGGUCGCGGAGCAGCGCUGGCUUCAGACACGGGUUUCUGUGAUCCUCGGUUCGGGGAUGUGGUGAUCGUGCGGCCCAUGAGGGAUUAUUCCUCUAAAGAGAUCGCCGCGUACUGUAGGAUGUUUCACGUGCCGUCCGUCUUUAUCCCGGGUCUGGAGACCAAGACUCCGGAUAAAGCCGGCAUCCAGCGACUCACGGAGGCUUUCGUCACCAACCUUCAGGCCGAGUUCCCCUCCACUGUCAGCACCAUCUACAGAACGAGUGAGAAGCUUCACACAGUCAAACCUUCCGGAAGUGAAGCCACUGAACCUGCGUCUAAAUGCCUUCUGUGUGUGUGCGCUCUCGACACUGAUGUGGAUAAAGCUUCGGCUUUCCACGCCACUCUGGUGUCUGAGCAGCUGUCCCAGAUCAAGCCUCAGGACGUGUCCCAUGAUGCAGUGUGCUGCUCGGAGACUGAGUGUUGUGGGACCGGCGGCUGCUCCUCAAACCGGGUUCCUGCACAUCAGGACUGGAGGACGCUGUUGUGUUACAGCUGUAGACUCACGCUCAAGGACAUGGGAUCCGUCGACGCUCUUCCCGCGUACAUCAGGACAGAGGCGGAGAAGCGGAGGAAAAGAGCUUUGAUGAAGAUGGAAAUCAGCGAGUAUCUUUUGGAGGAUGGCGACUAGCAGAUGUUUAGUUUGAAAAGUGAUAUUUAAGUAUUGCAUUGUAAUAAUUUCAUUAUUUGUCUCCAUUUGAAAGUGAAUAAAAAAAAAGUUUUAAAUAUUUAAUAGCGGCACGUUUUUUGUUGCUUGAGCACCUUUGGCUUGUUUUAUAGCAUCAGUGAACCUGUCGCCUGCCAUUUAAAUCAAUAUAAACUUUUAUAUAUUCAGUUGUUUGUACAGUAAUUUAAUAAUGAGUUCUUAAUUUAGCAAACUGCAAGGAUUUUUUACAGGCUCGUUUGAUUUCUGAAGACAAACAUGUUCGUGUCUCUUUGCAUAAGCAUACAGUGGAAGUGAUUAUUACAGACGAGCUUCGGCACACUCAUUAUUACACACGUGUGCGUUUAACACAUACAAUACAUCAUCCCACAUCACAGCUCUGGAAAUACGGAGCAGAUUCUAGUCUUAAUUACGAUUCAAGUGUUUGAUCAGAAAUUGUAAAACCAGGAACGAAACACUAAAUGGCUCUCAUCAUAAGAUACUGUGGCUUGUAAACACUUUUACUGUAGUAUCAGAACAAAAAAA